AUGCUUUCAAGAUCUUGUUUAGGUUUAUUAAAUCACGUAACAACCAACGAUUACAUAGAAGAAUCCACCACUGUUCAGAAAAUGAUAACCACGGUGACCGGAGAAGAUGAACUCAAGUUUCAACAAGAUAGCGUUUCGCUUUCAUCGUCGCGCGAACGGAGAAUGAUAAUAGUAGCAAAUCAGUUACCGAUACGCGUUGUUAAAGGUUCUAAGGAGGAGGAUGAGAAGAAGAUGAAAUUUGAAUGGGAUGUUGAUAGUAUAUCGUUUCAGCUCAAGGAUGGUUUUUCUGAAAAAGUUGAGGUUUUGUACGUUGGGUCUUUGAAAGCAGAGGUUGAUCAAUCGGAACAAGAGGAGGUUGCUCAGGUUUUGUUUGACAAGUUUCGUUGCGUUCCGACUUUUUUACCUUCGGAGAUUCAUAAUAAAUUCUACCAUGGUUUUUGUAAGCAUUAUCUAUGGCCUUUGUUUCACUAUAUGCUUCCUGUGUCGAAGAGUCAAGGUGCUCGGUUUGAUCGUUCUCAGUGGCUUGCUUAUGUGUCUGCGAACAGGAUUUUUGCUGAUAAGGUUACUGAGGUUAUUAACCCUGAUGAGGAUUAUGUUUGGGUUCAUGAUUAUCAUCUUAUGAUUUUGCCGACUUUCUUGAGGAAGAGGUGUCCUAGAGUGAAAUUGGGUUUUUUUCUUCAUAAUACCUUUCCUACUUCGGAAAUUUAUAGAACAUUACCUGUUCGUGAGGAGAUUCUGAGGGGUUUUUUGAACUGUGAUUUGAUUGGGUUUCAUACUUUUGAUUAUGCUAGACAUUUUUUGUCUUGUUGUAGUAGGAUGUUGGGUUUGGAUUAUGAGUCUAAACGAGGUUACAUUGGACUUGAUUACUUUGGGAGAAAUGUUACCAUCAAGAUUUUACCGGCUGGGAUUCAUAUGGGUCUUCUUGAGUCUGUGUUGUCGAUGCCUUAUACGGCUACAAGGGUUAAGGAGUUGAAGGAAGAGUUUGAAGGGAAGGUUGUGAUUUUGGGGGUUGAUGACAUGGAUUUGUUCAAAGGUAUUGGGUUGAAGUUUUUGGCAUUGGGGAAGCUUUUGGAGGUGAAUGAAAAAGCAAGGGGUAGAGUUGUUUUGGUUCAGAUUUUGAAUCAAGCGAGGAGUAGAGGAAAAGAUAUUCAGGACUUGAAGUUUGAGAUUGAAGCCAUUGCUAAAGAGAUAAAUGAUAAAUAUGGUGAUAAACAAUCUGGGUAUAGGCCUAUUGUUUGCGUAAAUGGACCCGUUUCAACUCAGGAGAAGGCUGCAUACUAUGCUAUAUCAGAAUGUUGUAUUGUAAAUGCUGUGAGGGAUGGGAUGAAUUUGAUGCCUUAUGAGUAUACUGUUUGCAGACAAGGAAGUGUUGAAUUGGAUAAAGCAUUGGGGCUGGAAAACGAUGAGGCUAAAAAGAGUGUUAUCAUUGUUUCUGAGUUCAUUGGUUGUUCUCCUUCGCUCAGCUGUGCAAUUCGGGUGAAUCCGUGGAACAUUGAUGAUGUUUGUGAAGCAAUGAACUCGGCAAUUAGAAUGGUGGAUACUGAGAAGCAAUUGAGACAUGAGAAGAAUUAUAAGUAUAUAAGCUCUCAUGAUGUAGCUUAUUGGGCUAAGAGUUUUGAUCAAGAUUUAGAGAGAGCUUGUAGGGAGCAUUAUCUGAAGAAGUGGUUGGAUGUUGGAUUGGGACUUAAUUUUAGAAUCAUUGCUUUGGAUCCUAGUUUUAAGAAGCUUUCUGUUGAUUACAUUGUCCCUGCUUAUAGAGAUGCAAAGAGUAGGUUGAUCCUUUUGGAUUAUGAUGGUACCAUGAUGCCUCAGGGAUCACUAGAUAAAACCCCUAGCUUGGAUGUUAUCUCUCUCUUGAAUGGCUUAUGCAGUGAUCCCAAAAAUGUAGUUUUCAUUGUUAGUGGCAGGGAUAGAGAAUGCCUUAGCAAGUGGUUUUCUCCUUGUGACAAACUUGGUCUCUCUGCAGAACAUGGUUACUUUACUAGAUGGAGCAAGGAUUCUCCUUGGAGAACUUGUGGAUUGGCAUCAGAUUUCGAUUGGAAAAAUACUGUAGAACCAGUGAUGGCGCUUUAUACAGAAGCAACUGAUGGUUCCUUCAUUGAAAAAAAGGAAAGCGCAAUGGUUUGGCAACAUCAAGAAGCAGAUCCCGAUUUCGGAUCGUGGCAGGCUAAAGAGCUUCUUGAUCACCUGGAGAGCGUGUUAGCGAAUGAACCUGUAGUAGUUAAAAGGGGACAACAUAUUGUGGAAGUAAAGCCUCAGGGUGUGAACAAAGGUAUAGUGGUGGAAGAGCUUAUAUCAACCAUGAGGAAUGAAGAGAAGUCCCCAGAUUUUCUCCUAUGCAUAGGAGAUGAUAGAUCAGACGAAGAUAUGUUUGAAAGCAUUGCUAAUUUAGCUUUACCAACCAUAUCACAAGUAUUUCCAUGCACGGUCGGUCAGAAGCCGAGUAGGGCCAAAUACUAUUUGGACGAUACUCCGGAUGUUAUCACGCUGCUCGAAGGACUUCUGCGGCAUCAGCAGAUUAAGCACAUUGUAGAAUGA